GGAUAAAUGGGAUGCGACCGUUGCUUAAUCCGUGAUACGCUGAUAAGAAUUGACGUUACAACCCUCGGCUUCCUGUUCACCACUUGCCAACGCGUUAGCUUUGCGUUUCCUGAGGAUAAGCGAGAUUCCGGGCGACAACUUCCUACCUCUGCCAUACAUCAGGCCGUCUAUAAUUAACGCGACGACGGCAGCACGCGUUCUGGGGACCACUUGCAGCGGGAUUGGAGGGCGCAGAGCUGACGUCUAGUCAACGUUUGGUCGGAGCAAGCAAUGGUGCAAUAUGCCGUGACGCCGUGGAGGCAGCAUCAUGACCUACUGGCUGUUCGGGCCCAACUGUACAGCACCGAUGACAAUGAGUCUCUCGACGUAACAGCAGAUAUAGCCAUUCUAGACCAGGCUCGUAAGCGUGCCGUUGAUCGAGUCCAUGCCUGGAAAAUGCGCGGCAACCUGCCCCAUGCUGUCGAGUCCACUGCACUACUUGUCGACGCCAUCCUACAUUACCGCCAGGGCAAUGCCCAACCUUCACAAUUCGCCAUUCGAGCAGUCUACACAGCAGCCUUCACCCGCUUUGUUACCGGCUUCUGCGACAUUGGACGAGCGCGCGAGAACCGGCUAGAUCCGCGCAGUAUGCUCCAGAUCGCACAGCAGAUUGGCAUGCCGUUGCAUUUUGUCGCGCUUAGACAUGAAGCGACGCACGAGGAGUUGCCGUCGUUGCCUAGACUUGUGGCAACGACCCAGGAGGCUUUGGACUGGUUAUGGAACAUGUAUUGGACCAAGUUGGAGGAGCUUGCCGAUAGUGGCGAGGGUGUGAGGGACGCAGGCAAAAGCGCUUCAAGGGAAGAAGCGAGACGGCUUCUCAAGGCGUUCCGAGCUGCGAGGAAGGAAGCUCUCAAGCACAAGAAAGCGCAAUCUUCGGACCAUUUGGCGGAGGUCGACGCAUUCUGCAAACAAUUCCGAAUGUUGUGCGAUACGAGUGAAACACGAACGGGCAUUGUCGCAGGCGUAUUAGUCAACGAGAAGCUCUUGUUCCCCUCGUCAAGAGAGCUGGGGUCUUCGAUGUCAGGUGCGUUCAUUAUGUGGGAUGAUUUCCUUCGAGCAAUCGACGAAGACCGAGGAGCCUUCAUUCCCGCGGUGAUCCGGCAGCUGCUGGACAAGUUAACAACCACUGAUACGUUGCUCCAACCGAAGGACGAUCCAGGCAGCGAAGCGUAUUGCCUGUGGCUUAUGCAUCUUUUGAACACGAGCGCGCAGGGUGUCCGAAAUGAUGCCAUGAGAUUGUGCUGUUUGUAUCCGGGGCACUGGACCCACCGUCUGGGACAGCACUUGCUGGUCCACGGAGAUACGUCGUUCGUAGAAGACUGGCAAGACUUCUUCAUGGUCAGCGUGCUGGAUCUCGAUGAGCACCUAAAAGCGCAGCUUUCACCGGAUGAUCGGGGAAUUGAGUAUACCUCGACCACCAAUGCAAGCAUGAAAAACGGACCGAAUGCGGAUGACAGCUUGGGUGGCGGCUGGAGGCGGGCUUUGCUGCCACCACAAGUGCCAAUUGGUGUGGUGUCGUAGUACAUGUGCUUCGAAGCACCAUUGCACGUGCACUCGCUGCUCCAGUGCCGGAUUGUCCUA